AUGUCUCAGGUUCCGUUACCUAACCAGCAAGUGGUUCCACCCCAAGCGCCUCCUUCAAAUAACCAACCAAGGUCAACUGCAAGCUCUAUACCGGCUAUAUCAUACACACCAACAGAUAUAACCAUUCCUCCAUCAUUAUAUGACAAGCUUCCCAAUCUUAAGGAGUAUAGGGCAUUAAAAGAGGCGGAAAAAAGAGUAGAUUUGCUCAUUGCUAGAAAGGCACUCGAUUUUCAAGCUAUACAACAGAAGACUAUUCAUCCAUUUGAGUAUAAACCAAAUACGGGUAUAUUAAGGGUAUUUAUUUACAACACUUGUGAGCAUCAACCAUGGCAGAAUCAAUUAGCACAACAAGAGGGACAACAAGUGCCUGAAAAUACCGUUCCUACAUGGACUUUACGAGUAGAAGGGAGGUUUAUCAAUGAUGAUAAAUCAGCACAAGAAGAAACCAAUAGUUUAAAAUUUAGUGCCUUUUUAUCAGGCAUAUCGGUGGAUCUUUUGGAAAAUGAGCAUUACCCAAACCUCCAAGAAUCUCAUAGUAACAUAGUUGAAUGGAGAGACGAUACAGCAAACAAUGUUGGUAGAGAUCCAGGAGUUGUUGUUGGUUUCGAUGGUAUGGACAUCAAAAGAGAAGGCAAAUACAACAUCAAAGUGAAAAUUGCAUUGAUGGUUAAAAGCUUUACAUCCAAGUUAAGUGUGACUCCUGAUUUGGCAGAAUUUAUGGGAAAACUUGAAUGCACACAACAAGAAGUGAUGUACACGAUUUGGCAAUACGUCUUGAAUAAGAAGCUUUUCGUGAAAACAGCAAAAUACAAUCAUGUCCCAGCUGUCGAAGGGUUGAGUGAAUCUAUCCCCGGUGCUGAUAAAGAUCGUAGUGCUUAUGAUGAUCUCACAUUAGCUGAAACUGAUGAUGUAUUGUUUGAAUUGUUGAAAGUACGCGAGUUUAAAUUUUCCGACUUGUAUGGAUUGAUUCAGCCUCAUUUCAAACCAAGAGAGCCAAUAGUCAUAGAUUAUGAGGUGGAUACGAGAAGAUCAACUACUUUGGGUGAUGUCGUGUUGGAUAUUCCUACCGAAUUACCCAUCAACAUAUCCAAAGCUCAACGUGAGUUGUUGGAAAUGAACAAGUCAGCCCUUGAGAACUUGUCACGUCAUGAUGCAAUGAUUGAAAAAUUGAAUCAGAAAAUAUCUUUAGCUAUAAUUGAAUUAAGGAAUGCCAAUUCAAGAGAAACAUUUUACAGUGGGUUAAGCAAAGAUCCGGUCAAAUUUAUUGAGCAAUGGUUGGCUAGUCAAGCUGAAACUCUUAAAGCGUUGAAAAGUGACGAAGGAUAUGACGAAGAGAUUGUUAGAAGAGCCAACUAUUUCGAAGAUAAUGAAGAUUUGAUCAACGAGAAGAUUGAUCUUUUGUUUGGAUCAAGCAAGUUUUAG